CAUGGAUAAAAACACAAAUACGGACCUUGAAUACGUAAUUCAAGUGAUAAGUAGGAAUAUUCAGCUAUGCUCAAGUAAGAAACAAGAAUCUAUAGGUAUUUGUAACAAGUUCUCUAAAUUACUACAUCCUUGGGAUAUUCCAAAAAAAAAUGAGAAGCUGAAUACAGAAUCAGAUGAGAAAGCUCCAAUGUUAUCUGAGAGAGAGUUAAUGACCUUGAGUGAAGCUGAUAAAAUUCUUGCAAAAGCUGCUAAAACUUUAGCAGAUAAAACUGCAGAAGAAGAAAGAUUGCUCGAACUACAGAGGAGAAAAGAGAAACUAGAUAGGGUACUUCAAACAAAAGAGUUACUAAAACCUGAGAAACCUGUUAAGCCUACAAAAGCUAUUGAGUUAAAACCCCAUAAACCAGUUUCAGAAAAGACCAAAGCUCCACUAUCUACUCGAACCCUUUCUAGCAAUUCUCAGAAAGGGAAUCAAGUAAAAACUGCUCCAGUUCCUACCUAUAAAACAGCACCAUUCAAAACUGAUGUAGAAACAAAACGAAAAGUAUUGAAGGCUCAUAACACGAAAACAAGUCUAGCAAGGCAAAAGUUAACUAGAUCCGCAACAAUACAAACUAAGCAAAGUUUAGUAAAGGAAACUCAACAAGCUUUAUCAAGCCUCUCUGUUGAUGAAACAGUAACUUCAGAAACUCCAACUAUAGAUAGUAAUCAGAAAGAAGAAACUAUUCCAUGUCAACCUCAUAUAGCAAAUAAAAAAAAUGAAAAAGGAAAAAAUACAGAAAUCAAUGAGAAUACGAAACGUUUCAACAUUAUGAAAGAAGGGAACAAUCUAAAACUACCGCAAAACGUACAAAGAUUGGCGCGCUUAAACAGAAAAUUUCAGAAACAAAUUCGUGACGUUCGCAAAAAAUUGGCAAAUAAUCCACAGCCUUCUUUUAUUACAAAUUUAGAAAAAACUGUGUUUUAUAAUAGUGAUAACCGAUUAAAGCGUUUAUUAAAUGUUCAACAAACAACUACUCGAUAUACAAAUCUUUUCUCAACACUUGAAGAAGCUAGUGCUGCAAGAAAUUGGAAACAGGUACCUUUAGAUGAAAAAUUGAGUAUUUGUAAAGCCUACCAGGCAAUUUGCAAGGAGUUUGAAAAUUUAACAGAAGCCUAUACCAAAUUUAUAACUGUUCAGAAAAAGUCUUUAAAUGUUUAUUCAACCGUAAAUGAAAAAGCUCUAAAGAAUUUAAAAGCCGUUGGAACACUUUUCAAGAUUCCCAGAGCCGUCUCUUAUAAAAAUAUAAGAGAAGUUCAUGAAUAUAUUAGCAUCCUUUGUGAUUAUAAAACAAUUAAAUAUCCAAGUCCAAAAGAAUGGAAAGCCGGAUGA